UUAAAGGACCCCCAUGAUUCGGAUACUUCGAUUUAUGCCAACAAAAAAGCCAUAAACCCUUGAAUUCCUUCUCUCUUCUCUCUAAGAAUCCACUGCUUCCGCUUGCAAUUCAAGCUAUGGCAAAUAGACACACUAUAGUUUUGAUGCAGAACUCGCAAAAUAGAUCCACCAGAACUUACAUGGAUUAUGACUCAAUAAGUCAAGCUAUGGAUGGUAUUUGCACACUAUAUGAAAGGAAGCUCAAGGACCUAAAUCCAGCCAACAGAAACAUCACUUAUGAUAUUGGGGAUCUCUACAAUUUCAUUGAUGGCCUUGCAGACAUGAGCGCAUUAGUUUAUGAUCACUCAAUUCAGGCAUAUCUUCCAAACGACAGACAAUGGAUCAAACAGCGGCUUCUUCAACAUCUUAAGAAAUUGGCACACUAGACAAAUGAUAUACAGAUCAAUAUUUAUCUAGUACUAAAGUUUUCCGUGGGUUGAAUCCAAUAGGAAUGCAAUAUUUAUGGAAGUGCUGAUUCAGUGUGCUGUCUUGUGAAGGCAUUGUUCUUUAUCUCAAGCUGUUUGAUAUGAAAAUUGUACCGCUUCGUUUUUCAUCUGAAUCACUAUCGUUUGUAUAAUUAUAACAAUUGAAGCGCUGCUCAAGUUAUUGAUGAGGAGCCACUUUUGUUUGACCGGUGUAUUUUCAUGGCAACUGAUAUCUUGUUUAUGAAAUUAGACAUUGUGAUCUAACUAUCUAUUGCUUGCUAUUGAGGUUAUUAAGGACU